CGUCCAAACACCCCCUUUACCGCUCAUCAGCUGCCCCUCCCUCCCCAUUGCCGCAAGUCUGGAACUUCACUUCGCCAUUUUAGGGAACGACCAGUACGCUCUUCCUCUAAGAGUAUAUACAUACGGACUGUUUUUGGAGUAGUAGGGAUGGGUAAAGCUUCGGAGAAUGAAACUCCGUCGUCGGAAAUAGCCAUACCUGAGGAUUGGUCCGACGCCGCAGAAACCAUAGCCCAUAACUCUGUCUCUUCGCCCCCACCAGUCUCCUUGAUUUGCGGCCCCAAGAAUUGUGGCAAGACUACGUUCUCCCGCCACCUUCUCAACGUUCUUCUCAAAAGGUACAAAAAAGUGGCUUAUUUGGAUACUGACGUUGGACAAUCAGAGUUUACACCCCCUGGUUUUCUGUCACUCACAAUAAUAGACAAAAUAUCUGCUGAUUUCACAAUUCCAUGCCUAAAAACACCAGAGAGAUGCUAUUUCUUUGGCGACAUUUCAUCGAAAAGGGACCCAAAACUCUACCUGUCAUAUAUUUUUGCCUUGUAUGAUCAUUAUCGGGAAAAGUAUUGCAUGCUUAAUAAUAGUAAUAGCGCUUCUAAUGGUGUGCCUGUUGUGAUUAAUACUCCUGGCUGGGUAAAAGGCAUUGGCUAUGAGUUACUUGUGGAUAUUCUGAAGUAUACAUCUCCUAGUCAUGUCGUGAAGAUUUGCAUAUCUUCACAGAGUAAGAAUCUACCCGAAGGAGAAUUUUGGUUGGAGGAGGGGGAAGCUCCACUGACAAACCUAAUUGAGAUCAAUUCAGCUCGGCAGGACUCCUUACAAAGAUCGAUCUUGGUGGGAAAGGAUGCACCAUUUUUUAGAGACCUUCGGAUCAUAGCUUAUUUUAGACAAUGUUUUCCUAGUGAUGCAAAUAUCACCACAACCAAGGAACUAGCUCACACAUUAGCUGCACAUCCUCCUUAUGAGAUUUCUGUAUCAAGCAUCACAAUUAAGCACCUUCACUGCCAGGUGCCUAUGAGUGAGGUUUUCUACAGCUUGAAUGCGACCAUUGUUGGCCUGGCAGUUAGUUCUGAAAAUUCAGAAGAGAUGCCCCACUGUGUUGGUUUAGGAAUUGUGAGAGGCAUUGAUACCUCCCGACAUAUCCUCUAUAUUAUUACUCCUGUUCCAUGCGAGAGUCUGGAGAUGGUCAACCUUUUGCUGCAGGGGUUUAUCCAAAUUCCUACUCCUUUAUUGCAAGUGCAGGGCUGUAUAUCACCUUACAUGUCUGCCAAUGUAUUGCCGGCAUGUUAGGAGAUUAUUAGUGAUGCUGCUUGUAACAUUGCAAACUACACAACUUCUCUUCACCAACUUAUUUUGUAUCGUUUUAAUGUAAGGUCUCCGAAAGAUAAAGUAAAAAAGUACUAUCAGAGGAUUGAACUCCUAAUUAAAUAUACCAUUCUUCAUCCUUCUCUAGCCUCUUAUAUGGACACUCUAUUCUUGCUGUC